AUGUCUACAACUGAUAAAUUCACGCCGUCGCGUAAAAUAAGGACAUAUGGCAAACAGGCGCGCAGCGUGGAUAACAGAUUCCUAGGGCGCAGUUCUAGUGACGUGGGUAGGCCUCACGAAAAGACGAACGAUUCCCCAUUGGCGGAGAGGGAGGAGUCUCUGCGGACUGGGAAUAAAGACAUUCGAGACGCGGGAUCUUUGACAGCUUUACGCAAGGCUACAUCGCCCAUCACACCGCGUACACCCAAGGAGAAAAAGGAAGUUGACAUAUACGACGUCCAGCUGUCUGAUGAGGAUCGUCAAAGUCGUUUUCAGCCAUGGCUCAAGCGGAGAAAACUGAACACACCCAAGGUUGACUGGAGGCCAGAGAGAGUCGAUCAGGUUGCACCGAAGAGCACCCCGCGACGGAAUCAGGCUACAUUUGGUUCUGCGGGUCACCGUGAAAGCAAAGAUGUAGUGCCCCCCGCUAUAAAUGGGAAGAAACCUGCGCGAGUGGAAGUAGUUAUCCGUUCCCCGACCAAGCCUAAGCAGGAUUCCAACUCCCGGGUCUCUAAACAGAAAUUGGACAGGCCUCCCUCCAGAUCAUCAAUAAAAGGCGGAAUUAAUACCCCGUCGGAUGGCCGCCUUACAGCUGCAAGCUCGCGAGACCUCCCGGUGCGGGAAGGAAGACUUUGCACGCCACCGAAAAGAAUACCCCGUUUAACAAAAUCCUUCUCCACGGGUACAGACCGAUUGAAGCAUGUAGAUGGCCGUUUUGGUGUUGGGCCGAUGAAGAGUGUCACAUCCACUGCAGAACGGAAGAGGUUAGUGGAUGCAUUGGGUGGUAGACAGACGGCAGAAUCUUCUAGCGAUUCAUCGAGUGAUGAAGGUUCUGGCAGAGGCAGAUUUUCGCGGGCUAGCUCGCACAGCCCUGUACCAUCUCUCGGCCACCGAUCUACCACCGAUACCAUGCAAUUAGAAAGCGUAGGAUGCAUGCACCCAAAGCCUCAGAAGCUGAACAACACCCCUCAAGUGACGCCAAACGGGCUGAAGGUAACAUAUUCUCGACAACGAUCUUUCCUGAAUGAAAUGGAUACGAUUGAGGAGAUAGGUGGUAACUUGGCUGACCCUGGAUUUCCCCUUCCGCCUGCACCCAUGGCAAGAAAACUGGGCGGUGCUCCAAGUCACCCGCCGUUGGGCCGGCCAAGCCAAACACCUGGGCUCUCUGCCUGUUUAGAAGAUGAAACUAUGGGCGGACCUCCUACUAUUCGAAGCAUUCACGAACUCCGUCGCUCUGGAGAUAAUGCAAGAUACCAUGCUAUGAUCGAGACUAUCUUUGAAGAUAUUGAAGAUAGAACAGCCCCCGUAUCCUCAAAACGUAGUGGAAUGGUUCAGUUGUGCACGAAACUUUUCGAUUCUCAAUUCUCGCAGCGGUUCUUGAGCAAUGCGCUGGAAAAGCGAUUCGCAAAGAUAAAGUACGGGGAAUCUGACCUUAUCUGCGGAUAUCUUACUGCUUGCAUCUACACACUAUUGUUAGGCUCUGGUUCGACAUCACCAAUGACAUUGCAUUAUUGUUGGGAUCAGAUCUUAUCGGUGGCCCCUUUCUUGCUCAAGGAAGAUAAGAGCAUACCAGAAAUAAGCAAACGAAAAGAGUUGAAGAUGACCAAAGCCAGUAAAGCAGAUAUUCAGGAUAUCUGUGAAAAAAUAAAAGAUGGCAAAUUCUGGACCGGCCAGAUUCCCGCUACGAUAACACCUCAGGUCUUAACUCUUCGUUGUCUCGAGUUGACAGUCCGCAAACUUCGAGAAAUGGGCAACUCCAUGGAGACCAUGCCUGUUCCUGUUUUGCAUCAAGUUAUUCAAAUCCUGCUUCAGCAUUCAUUGGUAGAAGAUAUCGAAAAAGCGGGAUCGGAUAAACUUCUUAUUCUUGAACUUACACUCUCCAUUUUAGAGUCAUAUACCAUACAUACACUAUCUUUAGAGGAGGAGCAGGAAGCGCUAAAGCCACUUUCAAAAUUGGGACAUUUACUAUCUAUUCUAGGACGUCAGUCAGAUACUCGAAGCAGACAGAUACAGAUUCUUGAAAUCCGCUUAAUUCUCAACAUUACCAACAACAACCCCGUACUUUGUGAAGAAUUUUCUACGCCAGAGUUUAUCGAAGCCCUGGCGCAGGUUGUCCUGUCCAAUUUCCAAUCUGUUGGAGACGAAUUCGCUGGGGCGCAGAAGGAAUCACUAUUGGAUACAGUGAUUUUAGCACUUGGAGCCUUGAUAAAUCUUACCGAAUGGAGCAGCGCCUCUAGACAAGUUCUAUUGGAAUCGCGGGUUGACUAUACCACACUGAUUGAUAGGCUUGUACCACUGUUUACUGAUGGGCUUGAAGCCAUUUCAGAGGCUGAUUCUGUUGUCCAAACACACUCCAACGUUGCAUUUGGAUACCUAUCCGUCCUACUUUGCACUGCUUGUCUUGACGAUGGUGCACGCUCUUAUCUUCGCUCGACGCUUCAGGCUCGGAUCUUCGAGCGCCUCCUUGGCACAGUAGAGGAGUUCCUUCAUUAUCAUCGAAAAGUUGAAGAUGAGCUACAUGAUGCUAGCGGAGAUGAGGAGGAUGCAAUGACGGGAUUUACCUCACGUCUUCAAGGGAUUGUCGAUCGUAUACGUAACGCUGAACGUUCCUAA